AACAAACACAAGGCCGAAGGACACCCACAGUGUUUGGCCUAUGACUAGGACGGCGGAUAUCAGCAACGACUUUUCACGGACAGCAACCAAGCAACUGACUGCACACUUGCCCACGUCUCCACUCCUGUUCCCCUGCCAAGCAUGAUGCGGCGGGCGUCCCUCUCGCUGCUUUCAUCGGACGACGACGACGACGCCGACGAUGACCAUCGAGAAGCACGUGUCGGCGUCAGCGGCGGUGGUGGCAGUGACGACGCAGGCAGCACCACUUCGCUGUUUACCUCUCCAGCGGCAAGCGACGCGGACGGCGCGGAUGGCGUUGCGUACCUGCCGCGGCGCGGCGUGUACCAUGUCGACACGCCUGAGCGAUUGCAUCGACGACGGCGGACGAGGCUAUCCACUUCCAAGCUUGCGGCAUCAGAUUCUGCGACAUCCACGUCAUCCACACUGCGAAACAGCAGCACAGCCAGCUUCAGCACAAGCGCCCCCGUAACAGCACCGACCACGGCAGCGAAUGGCGUGGGAGAAACCGGCGCAGACUCCUCAAGCCCCAGUGCUUCGACGCCCCCACAAGCACCAGCUUCCAAACUGUCAUGGAUGGGUUGCUUUGUGGAUCAGCUUCGUCUGGAUCGAGGCGAUGCAGACGCUGCCGAGAUGCAACGGGAGCUUGAGUUUACCACUGCUCAGAUUAAGAGCGCCUUCAAGCUCAUCGCCAACUUUGAGCGGCUGAUCUUCUUGGGAGUGUGGACGUGCCUGGACCUGCUGCUGGAUCUCGUGUGCAUCGUGCCUGUGAAGGCUGCGUUAGCCCUCGUCAGCCUCAUCUUCGUGCCCAUCACUCGCAGGCCUGUCCCGCUGCAGUACUUUGCACGGCUUGCUGUUGCUGGUCUGGGCAUGUGGUUCGUCAGCUUCAUCGACUUGAGCUACGUGUACCACAACAUCCGUGGGCAGAGCGCCAUCAAGCUGUACGUCAUCUUCAACAUGUGCGAGGUGUUUGAGAAGCUGUUUGCCACCUUCUCCCUCGAUGCAAUGGAUGCGCUUGUGCUGCGCUCCACGCGAUACAAGACCGCCCUCGACGUGCUGCUUCUCCCUCCGCGCGUCAUCUUCACCGUCGUUCCCGUCAUCUGCCACACCCUCGCCCUCCUCUACCAGAUUCUGGCGCUGAACGUGGCCAUCAACUCCCACAACACCGCCCUCCUCACCAUCAUCAUCUCCAACCAGUUCCUGGAAAUCAAGGGCACGGUGUUUAAGCGGCUGGACAAGUCUGGUCUGUUCCAGUACACGUGCGCGGACAUGCGGGAGCGCUUCCAGUACAUCUGCGUCCUCUCCCUCAUUGGCGUUCGCAACAUGGCUGGAUACCACUGGGACACGGACUACUUUGCCAACACGCUCAUGUGGAGCCUCCUCGCUGCCAUGUCAUCAGAGGUCUUUGUCGACGUCUUCAAACACACGUUCCUCACCAGGUUCAACGGGAUUGACACGAAGGUGUACAAGUCGUACGAGCACAUGUUUGCAAACAGCGUUGUUGGCGGCACAGCGUCGCUCCACACCCGCGAGGGGCGUGCCAGACGCAUGCAGCGGCAGCUCGGCUACCUGGCAGAGCCGCUUGUUCUGCUGACGUUCAAGUUCAUGCACGUGUCGCUGCCAUGGGUUGCAAACUUGUCUUGGGUGUAUUGGGUGAUUGCAUUUGUGGCCUUGUUUGUCUUCAAGGCUGCUCAGCGCUGGCUGCUUGAGCUGUACUGCCACUGGCGCCUCACGCGCCUCUCAAAACAGGACAACGGACCCGUCAACGUCCACCUCUUUGGCGCAGCCAACUACCGGGACAUCACGACGGCGACGGGCGCGGACGCCGUGUUCCCGCUCGGCCCGCACGACCGCUUUGGCAAACGCAUCAACUGACCAUCCCCUUGCACCUGUUGUACAUCACACGUCACGCUGUCACAUAAACGAAGACCAAGUCGAUGGCAGCACCACAACCAGCACCAGCAUCACAAGCACUAGCAGCA